CCGUUCGGUUUCAACGACGGCGUGAUCAGUUUUGUACAUUUUUUAUAAAUCGAUUUUUUUAAUUUUAAUAUCAGUUUUAUCACGGGCGCGCUAUCACCGCGGUUUAUACCGGACCCAUCAGCGGCCGCUGCGGUUGCUCGGCGGUUCACCUCCAGGCUGUUAUCAGAUAACGAUAUUUGUUCACUAUUCAAAUAAAAUAUUAUUAUUGCCGCUUACACCACCGUCUACCGUAAACGCCUAAACAGCGUUUGUCAUUGUAUCAAGUGUCAAGUGCACCUGCAACGGCAGCAGCUGAAAAUGUACAAAAUUACAAGUGCAUUAGGUCGUAACCUGAACUGUGCACUACCGCCAUGCCGACGGUACACGUAUUGUGCUGUUCGUCAAUACAAUAACCUAAAUGGGAGACGACUGUGUCCUUCACCGUCUUUGCUGUCCGCCAAAUUUGUGUCGCACAACUGUUGUGCACUUGGGUCUGUUCGAAAUUAUGCCAAAGGCAAAGACAAGAAAAAAGAUAAAGGUCAAAAAAAAGUUUCUAUUGAUGAAAAUCUUCUGUCUCAGUAUUUGAAAUUCAACAACAUGAAGUCCGAAAUGGAAAAGGCUGUUGUAAAUUUAAAAAACAACUACAUUAAAAAUCUAUCCUUAAGAUCAUCAACAGGUGCCUUAGAAUCUUUGCCAGUUAUAUUUGAAGGCGAUGAAUAUGUUGUUCAAGACUUGGCCCAAAUUGUAAGAAAAAACCCCAAAACUAUUAUUUUAAAUAUGUCAUCAUUUCCAUUAGCUAUUCCAGCUGUUCUGGAAUCAUUAAAAAAUUCUGGUAUGAAUUUGAAUCCUCAACAGGAAAAAACUUCUAUAUUUAUACCCAUACCAAAAGUUACCAAAGAGCACCGAGAAAACUUGAGCAAAGGCGCAAAAGCUCUUUUCGUCAAAUGUAAAGAUUCCAUUAAAGAAAUUCAAAAUAAAAAUAUAAAAUUAUUAAAAGAUAAUGAUUCGUUAUCUGAGGAUUUGGUACAUAAUCUAAAAGAUCAGAUUACUAUGUUGGCUGACAUGUAUGUGAUAGAAUCACAGAGGAUUAUGGAAGAAAAACAAAACGAGCUUAAAGGCGAUUGAUCAAAUCUAGUCAAUGUUUACUAUGAGUAGGCAAUAUGUGUUUAACUAGUUUAACUAUUAUAUACUGAUCAGUCAUUUUAGUAGUAUUAAUUAUAAUAUUAAAAUGUAAUGUGUAAUAAUUAUUCUUUGUAGUCGGAAUCAUUCUCGUAUAGCGUGUAAUAGCUUGUUAAGAUAUUUUGUAUUUUAAAAAUUAACACCAUCCUUCUUCAUAUGAAAUUUAAAAUUAA